CGACACAAUAAUACCAGUUUGAGUUGAGUCGGUGAACAAGCCGUACUUUUACCGCGUCCGUUAUUUAGUUGGUAUUUAUUAUGAAACACCAAAUAAACCCUGACCUGCAGAGAGAAAGAGACAACUGCUCAUUUGAUAUAGCUGAGCUGACCACUAUCAUUGAUGGAUCUCCUGAGAAAACUAAGGAGAGAAAGGAGCGAGAGGAAUGUUUCCUGGUGAGCCUGUCGGAAGGGCCAUCCACUGCGGUGCCCGAGGAGUACCUGAGCCACAGGGAGAAGUACGAGCGUGGGCUGCACAGCUCCUGCUACAUCUUCAAACAGAUACGCAAGUGGCAGGAGGAGGGCAAGAUGGACAUUAACAACUAUCGGUACGUGAUCGGCGGCAUCCUGAGCUCGUCACUGGUGCGGGACGGGUCGGUGUUCGGGCUCCACUACAUCAUGUUCAUGCCCGCCAUCAUCAACCUGGGCACGGAGGAGCAGCACCAGACCUGGCUGAAGAGGGCCUGGACAUGCAGCAUUAUUGGGACGUUUGCUCAGACUGAACUUGGCCAUGGUACAUUUAUCAGAGGUUUGGAGACGACUGCUACCUACGACCCUGAAACUAAGGAGUUUGUGCUCAACACUCCAACCCUGACUUCCUACAAGUGGUGGCCUGGCGGGUUAGGACACACUUCAAACCAUUGCAUCGUGGUGGCGCAGCUCUACACCGGUGGCAAGUGCCACGGGAUCCACUCCUUCAUAGUUCAGAUCCGGGAUGAAGACACGCACAUGCCGCUACCUGGCGUCAAGAUCGGGAACAUCGGAGCCAAGUUGGGGCUCAAUGCGGUGGACAAUGGCUACCUUGCCUUGGAUCACGUCAGGAUACCCAGGAUGAAUAUGUUGAUGCGACAUGCUCAAGUUAUGGAGGAUGGGACAUACGUGAAAUCCCGUAACAGUAAGUUGAACUAUGGUGCCAUGAUGUUUGUAAGAGUGGUCAUAGUCUUCGAUAUGUUGAACUACUUGACCAAGGCAGUCACCAUUGCCACGAGGUAUUCUGCAGUCCGAAGACAAUGCCAGGUGAAAGAAGGGGAGCGAGAAGUCCAGAUCUUGGACUACAUGACUCAACAGCACAAGCUCUUUAUUGGCAUCUCCGCUGCGCACGCGCUGAGGAUAUCCGCCAACAGACUGUGGGACACCCUCAAUGAGGUGUCCGACCAAAUUGAACAAGGAAACCUGGAGAGGCUACCAGAGCUCCACGCCCUUGCCUGUUGCCUCAAAGCGAUCAGCACGGCAGACACGGCGGCACUGGUGGAGCGGUGCCGGCUGGCGUGCGGCGGCCACGGCUACAUGCUGUCGUCCAACCUGCCGCUCACGUACGGGCUGGUCACCGCCGCUUGCACCUACGAGGGGGAGAAUACGGUGCUGCUGCUGCAGACUGCCAGGUUUUUAAUGAAGACGUGGCAACAAAUUGAUACAGCGAAAACUACACCUACAAUAGAAUAUCUGAAGAUAACCAGCGAUCCGAAUUACGUGAACAAAUGGGAGAAGUCAGUUGAGGGCAUCAUUCGUGGCUUCCAAGUUGUUGCUAUGAGGAAAACUUCCAAAUCAUUUGAGAUGAUGAAGAGCAGGAUGUUGUCGGGCAUGUCGCAGGCGGACGCGUGGAACAUGACGUCGGUGCAGCUGGUGGCUGCUGCCGAGGCGCACUGCAGAGCGGUGAUGCUGCAGGCCUACUACGAGGCGACGGUGGCGGAGGUGGCAGCGGCAUCCCCCGAGCUGGGGCCUGUGCUGCUGCAGCUGCUCGAGCUGUAUGCAGCCUACUGGGCGCUGGAGAAGACGAGCGACUUGCUGCAGUACACGCCUAUAUCAGGAGACGAUAUUACCGAGCUGCAGGUCUGGUACGAAGAGCUACUCACGAAGAUCAGACCAAACGCCGUGGGGCUGGUUGAUGCCUUCGAUAUCAGAGAUGAUAUAUUACAAUCAACCCUGGGAGCCUAUGACGGGCGCGUGUACGAGCGUCUGUUCGAGGAGGCCCAGAAGGCACCCCUCAACGCGGAGCCCGUCAACCAGAGCUUCCACCAGUACCUGAAACCCUUCAUGCAGGGGAAACUGUGAUAGGAUUUGCACAUAAUCAUGAACUCUGAUGUAUUUAUUGUUUUGGCUUUUUGAGCUGUUAAAUACCCAGUGAUAGAGGCGUAUGGCACUCAUGGUAAAGUUUUAUUAAAGGGAUAGUUCCUGAGUUCUGAGACAAGGGAUCUCUAUAGAUUUAUGUACGUAAUUGUGUAUAUUUUUAACUUUUGAUUUUCAAGUUUGACUGUUUGAUUAAAU